AUUUUGCAACAGAUGGCACCAGUAAAUAAGGCCAAAAUUGAAGUUCGUCGUUUAUGUUUGUGUCCAUAGAUUCUUAAAUCUGCAUUGCUGUUUACGUACUUAUUUAACGGUUAACGGUGUCGUCAUUCAAAACAAUAGAUAAUAAUAACAUUGCGUAAAUAAAUACAAGUACUGUCAACUUAUUGUUGAGGUUAUGAUUUGUAUGCAUACGUCAUACUAAAAUUGUGCUUCCAUAUAAAUGAGAAGUAUUUUUGUUCGUAAAGAUGAGUCUUGUUGCCUAUGGCUGCAGUGAUGAAAGUUCGGACGAAGAAGGAAAUAAUUGUGAUGCCGAUAACGUUUGCAAACCCUCAAAUGAAAUUGUAAUUGCACAAACAAAGAACAAAUUAAGUUUAUCUGCAUCGAAACUUGACGAAUUCGUAGAAGAGAUUCAUGUAAAAAAUGUUGCUAAUACGGAAGAAAAAAUACACUUUGAUCAAUUACCUAAACCAAAAAGGAUAAUAUCAGAAACAGAAGAUAUUAUGGAAGAUGAUGACAUUCCUCUAAAAAAAGAAAUCCAAUUGGGAUCUGAGAAACCUGCGAAAAAGAACCGUGUACCAGUUAAAAUAACAGUUCCUUCUUUAUCUGAGUUCAAAGAUGUUGAAAAAGAAAAUGAAACAAGGGCCAAUAGAGUUAAACCUUCUAAUAAAGGUACUAAACUUUUUGCACUUUUACCACCACCAAAAACAAUGGAGAUUAAAACUAUUAAUAAUUUAGUCCCAAGGGUUGUUAAUAAGACAGUUGUAAAAACAAAUCAAAUGAAAACUUCAUUGGGUACAGAUAUAAAGGAUUCAGAUAUAAAUAAAACUACAAAAUCUACUGCAAAAUCUACUGCGAAAAGUUCCAUAGAAAUAGCUUAUGAUUCAAACUCUGAAGAUGAAGAUGAUAGAAACACUAUUGGUGGUAAUAAUUCUACAGAUUUCUUUGCUCUGUCAAAAACGGAUACUCCUGUUGUAUCUAACUCCUUAAUGAGUGAGUUAUGCUUGAAAGAAGAAUUAAAUACAUCUGAGUCUAUGGUUAAAAAUCAGUUGGAUAGUGAUAGCUGUAUUAAUAAUGACUUACCUAAUAAUUCUACUAAAACUGUAGAAGAAACUGAUAUCAUUGUACCCGAAAAAACAUUAGUGAGUAAUGUUAUGAACUUAUCAAAAGAAGAGAUAUUACGUAAGAAUAAGGCAGAGGUAGGCCCAAAAUUGCCUAUACCUGAACAAGAAUAUAAUAUUGAUACAGAGGGUAAUGUAGCUUUUGAUGAAAAAGCAAUUGAAUACCUUUGUGGGAAACGAGGUAUAAAAAGGAAAAAUAAAGAAAUUGAUGAAGCAAAUGUUAUUGAAAUUAAUGGUGAAGAUAUCAAACCAGAUGAACGAGAAUGGUUAGUGAAAGCGUUAACAGAAGAGCCUGUACAAAGACCUGUUUCUAUGAUGGGUGGAGUAAAUUCACAAUCUAAAAAGAAACAUCAAAUCACAUACUUAGCGCAUCAAGCUAAAGCUAUGGAAAUGGAAUUAAAGAAUCAAUGGGCACAAAAUAGGAUGACUAGAAAACAGACACAAUCAAAAUAUGGUUUUUAAAUAAAAUUUAUUUGUAUAAAAGCUAUAAAUAUAAUAUUGUUGUUUAUUAUUGUACAAAAAUGAAAUAACUUACAAAGAAAACA